AUGAGUGAUAAAGGAUUCUGUACUUGUCCUUAUGAUUCUAGUCAUCGCGUUCAUAAGUCUCGAAUGGCUAGACACUUAAUAAAAUGUAAACUUAACUAUCCUAAUGUACAGAAGAAGACUUGCCCUUAUAACAAAAUACAUUUACUAGAUCCGUGUCAAUACGAGUAUCAUCUAACUGUAUGUGAAGAACGUAAUAACCGUGAAAAUAUUGUUUACGAAAUAGACAACAACACACUGCUUGAUAUUUCAGUCCCCAAAGUUCAAAAUAUAUCUUCACAAUCUUCAGAAAAUUGGGACAAUUCAGAUGCAAUAUCUUACCAUUCGCAUCUUGUUUGUGAUGGUGUGACUAAUCCAAUCACUCGACAUCAAGAAUAUAUGGCCAGUUUAAUCAUAUUACAUGCAUUUUUGGAAAAUAGAAGAUCAUCUCUAAAGGAAACAUUUCCAAAAAGAUGA